AAUUCUAAUGGACUCAUUUCACUCAUCCGCCUGUGUAUUCCAAGCGUACGCCAACACCAUUCCAUUCCUCAUCACGUGCUUCCUUUGCUCUCCCCUCCCCAUUUCAUCUCACUAUAUUCUCGCUACUGCACGUGAUAUAUCGCGAUACGCUAAUCCAUGAUUCCAUAAUACGGACACCGUGGUAUUCAAGAAAACAAAUCUACGUGUAUUAUGCCCCUACAGGGCUACUAUGGUAAUAUCCCGUAAAAACGGGUGGCAACGCAACGGAGGGGAAGAAGGGCAUUUCGGGAAACACGACAAUAAAAGUUUCACAGACGCAACCGUCUUUGCUGGUGUGUAGUGAAGACUAAGGAAAAUGAUAGUGGUUGUUGUCCCAGCAGUUAACUCUCUACAGUUAUAACACAUACCCUUCUAAUUCCUCAACUACCCCUUCUCUUCUCGCCCUUUACCUUCACAAACUAUUUCACUUUCUUUCUUCUUCCAUUCUUUUUUCCUUACAUUGUCUGAAGCUCCGGAUUUUUAUUUUAUUUUUUUUUCUUUUAGCUUCUUUUGGGGUGUUGUGGUUGCUGUAUCACUUUCUGAUCCUACCCUCCUCCGCCAUUUUCAGACAAUGCGAACGGUUUUCCAAAAAAAAUUGAUCUUUCACUGCUAGACUCUGACGUACAUAAUCUUCACUCCCUGCAUCCAUUCUUCUUCUUUCUGGAAAUUCCUUUCCCAACAUUGUCUUUCUUCUACUCUUCCUCUGGCUGCUUCUUAUGGAAGCUGGGGAGGAUUGUUGCGUCAAGGUCGCCGUCCACAUCCGUCCGCUCAUCGGCGAUGAGCGCCUACAAGGGUGUAAGGAUUGUGUCACCGUCAUCUCCGGGAAGCCUCAGGUACAAAUUGGAUCCCAUUCGUUUACAUUCGAUCAUGUCUACGGAAGCACUGGUUCACCCUCAUCAUCGAUGUUUGAAGAAUGUGUUUCUCCACUUGUAGAUGGUCUAUUCCAAGGCUAUAAUGCGACCGUGCUGGCAUAUGGCCAGACUGGAUCCGGGAAAACUUAUACCAUGGGGACGGGUUUUAAGGAUGGUUGUCAGACAGGAAUCAUCCCUCAAGUCAUGAAUGUCUUGUUCAGCAAGAUCGAAACUCUAAAGGGUCAAAUGGAAUUCCAAUUACAUGUUUCUUUUAUUGAGAUUCUCAAGGAAGAGGUACGAGACCUGCUAGAUUCUACUUCUUUUAGCAAAGUGGAGGGUACAAAUGGACAUGCAGGGAAAGUAACUCUACCUGGGAAACCACCAAUACAAAUUCGUGAAUCGUCAAAUGGUGUCAUCACCCUAGCAGGAUCUACAGAAGUUAGUGUAAACACACUGAAAGAAAUGGCUUCUUGUCUGGAGCAAGGAUCACUGAGUAGGGCUACAGGAAGCACGAAUAUGAAUAAUCAGUCAAGUCGUUCUCAUGCCAUCUUCACCAUCACAUUAGAGCAAAUGCGUAAGCUAAAUCCAGCUUUUCCUGGGGAAAGCAAUAUUGACAACGUAAGUGAAGAGUAUUUGUGCGCAAAAUUGCACCUGGUGGAUUUAGCUGGAUCUGAACGAGCCAAGAGAACUGGUUCUGAUGGUUUACGUUUCAAGGAAGGAGUUCAUAUAAACAAGGGUCUUCUUGCACUUGGUAAUGUCAUCAGCGCUCUUGGUGAUGAGAAGAAGCGCAAAGAAGGGGUUCAUGUUCCAUAUAGGGACAGUAAAUUGACUCGACUCCUACAGGAUUCUCUUGGUGGUAACAGCAGAACUGUUAUGAUAGCCUGCAUCAGCCCUGCUGAUAUUAAUGCUGAGGAGACCCUCAACACUUUGAAAUAUGCGAAUCGAGCUCGCAAUAUCCAGAAUAAGCCAGUUGUCAAUAGGGACCCCAUGUCCAAUGAGAUGUUAAAGAUGCGGCAACAACUUGAAUAUCUACAGGCAGAACUUUUUGCACGUGGAGGGUCUUCCUCUGAUGAAAUUCAGGUUCUCAAGGAAAGGAUUGCCUGGCUUGAAGCAGCCAAUCAGGAUCUCUGUCGUGAGCUUCAUGAAUACCGUAGUCGAUGUGGCAUUGUGGACCAAUGUGAAACAGAUGCCCAAGUUUGUGCCCAGGAUGGUAUAAAUUGCUCUGUCAAAACUGAUGGGCUAAUAAAUUGCUCGGUCAAAAGCGAUGGGCUCAAAAGGGGCUUGCAAAGUAUUGAAUCACCUGAUUUUCAAAUGAGUGAAACCAUAUCAGGUGAGUCGCGUGAAAUCGAUGAAGAGGUGGCAAAAGAGUGGGAGCAUACACUUUUACAGAAUAGCAUGGACAAGGAAUUGCAUGAACUAAAUAAACGUCUAGAGCAAAAAGAGUCGGAAAUGAAACUUUUUGGAGGAUUUGACACAGCAGCUCUCAAGCAGCAUUUUGGGAAGAAAAUUGUGGAACUGGAAGAUGAGAAAAGAGCUGUCCAGCAAGAGAGGGAUCGCUUGUUAGCUGAAGUUGAAAACCUGGCUGCUUGUUCUGAUGGUCAAACACAGAAAUUGCAUGACAUACAUUCCCAAAAACUCAAAACACUUGAGGCUCAGAUUCUAGAACUCAAGAAAAAACAGGAAAAUCAGGUUCAGCUACUAAAGCAAAAACAAAAAAGUGAUGAAGCAGCAAAAAAAUUGCAGGAUGAGAUUCAAUUCAUAAAGGCUCAGAAGGUUCAAUUACAACAAAGGAUGAAACAAGAGGCAGAACAAUUUCGACAGUGGAAAGCAUCCCGUGAGAAAGAGCUACUCCAGCUAAAAAAGGAGGGCAGGAGAAAUGAAUAUGAAAGGCACAAACUGCAAGCUCUUAAUCAGCGGCAGAAAAUGGUUCUUCAAAGAAAAACAGAGGAAGCUGCAAUGGCCACCAAGAGGCUGAAAGAACUACUAGAAGCUCGGAAAUCUAAUGGUCGUGAAAAUUCAGGUAUUACAAACGGAAAUGGAAUGAAUGGGCAGAGCAAUGAGAAAUCUCUACAACGCUGGCUUGACCAUGAAUUGGAAGUGAUGGUGAACGUGCAUGAAGUUCGUUUUGAAUAUGAAAAACAAAGCCAAGUGCGAGCUGCACUUGCGGAAGAGUUAUCCAUGCUGAGGCAAGUGGAUGAGUUUGCUUCAAAAGGCCUCAGCCCGCCAAGGGGGAGAAAUGGUUUUGCUAGAGUAUCCUCUAUGUCACCAACCGCAAGAAUGGCCAGAAUGACAUCACUUGAAAAUAUGCUAAGCAUAUCCUCAAAUUCCCUUGUGGCGAUGGCUUCACAACUUUCAGAGGCAGAGGAACGAGAGCGUGCCUUCACCAACCGUGGACGUUGGAACCAGUUGCGCUCCAUGGGGGAUGCUAAGAACUUGCUUCAAUACAUGUUCAAUUCUCUUGCAGAUGCACGGUGCCAAUUAUGGGAAAAGGAACUAGAAACUAGGGAAAUGAAGGAGCAACUGAAAGAACUUGUGGGAUUGUUGCGGCAGAGUGAGACACGGAGAAAGGAAGUAGAGAAAGAGCUAAAAUUGAGAGAGAAGGCUGUUGCAAUUGCAUUAGCUUCAUCUGCACCGGUCCAUCGGGAGCAUGAGAGUACACCACCAUCAUUGAAACACUUUGCCGAUGAAUUAAGUGGUCCUUUGUCUCCAAUGUCAGUACCAGCCCCGAAGCAACUCAAGUAUACAGCAGGAAUUGCCAAUGGCUCUGUUAGAGUUUCUGCUGCAACCCUAGAUCAAACACGAAAGAUGGUACCAAUAGGACACUUAUCAAUGAAGAAGUUAGCAACUGUAGGACAAGGUGGAAAACUAUGGAGAUGGAAGAGAAGUCAUCACCAAUGGCUGUUACAGUUUAAAUGGAAGUGGCAGAAACCAUGGAGACUUUCAGAAUGGAUCAGGCAUAGUGAUGAAACAAUAAUGAGAUCAAGGCCUCGACCACAUGCUCUGCCUGCUGGGAUGUGAUAUUUGGUGGUUUCGGGUUUAUUGUCCCCCAAAUAUCAUUUUGACUUUCAACUAUGAUUCCACCUCAUGUCACAGGAACAAAUUGCAAUAAGUGCAGCAGCUAAAGUCAGACUAAUAUGAUCUCUGCAUAUUUCUUCAAUGGAAAACCAUUUUGGUAGAUUUGUGAUUUUGGAUUCUUUUUCGUUGUGGUAAUCACAUUUGAAGCAUCUUGUAAAGCUUGUGUGGAUGCGAGAAAAUGGGGUCAUCCGACUAGUUAAGAAGGCCGCAAGUGCGGGAACAGGACGAGCAUAGAUACAAUGGAUAGAUAGUGAACUUGCUCACCAAAGUUUUCUAAUGUUCUUUUCCACCCCCUCCUUUGUAUAUCUUGUCAAUAACAAGAAAAGGAAUGCAGGAAUACGUACGGAAGUUUCUUUUUUUUUUUUUGUCAUUUGGUUUUUCUUCGUUUUGAGUACAAUAUUGAUUUGUUGAAAGAAACUAUUAGGUUGGAGGAGAGGAAAAAAAAAAAAAAAACAGAAUUCUUUCCAAUAUGUUUUAUGUCUUCUUGUGUGACUAAUCUUAUUACAUGAGGACUGAAGCUUUGUAAAUGUAUUUGUAUUGAAGCAAAAGAAGAAUCUUCUAAUCAAACUUUAUGAAAUGUACACAAAGUUUUCUA